AUGGUCCCAGCUAUUAACAAGCAUCUUUUAAAACAAAAUACACGUCAAUUAAAAGGAGUGGUGUUGAAAAAUGAACAGGAAAGAGUACAGAAGAAAACGUUUGUUAACUGGAUCAAUUCACACUUAUCGAAGAGAAUACCUCCCUUGCGAAUCGACGACCUUAUCUACGACUUACGAGAUGGAACCAAACUAUUGGCGUUGUUGGAAGUUUUGUCUGGCGAGAAAUUGCCUAUGGAGCGUGGUAGAGUCUUACGUCGACCCCAUUUCCUCUCAAACGCCAAUACAGCACUUCGCUUCCUGGCGGGAAAACGCAUCAAGCUGGUGAACAUCAACGCAGCGGACCUGGUUGAUGGAAGACCAGCGGUAGUUCUGGGGCUCAUAUGGACUAUCAUUUUGUACUUCCAGAUCGAAGAGAACAGCCGAGCCCUAGAGUACCUCAGUGGAUCGCGAUGUGCGUCUGUCAUGUCGCAGGAGUCCGGAACUGCGACACCGACACACAGAGCUGAAGACCGCUGGAAGCAGGGAGCCAAGAAGACCUUGCUGCAAUGGGUGGCCAAUGCGUUGCCUAAGGACUCAAACAUCCAAGUGACAGACUUCGGGCCUUCAUGGCGUGAUGGUAUCGCUUUCCUGGCGAUCAUUGAUGCGAUCAAAGCUAACUUAAUAAACCUGGCGGAGAUGAAGAGGAAGACAAACAGGCAGAGAUUGGAACACGCAUUCGAUGUCGCUGAAACUGAGCUGGGUAUCGCCAGGUUGCUGGACGCUGAAGAUGUAGACGUUGACAAGCCUGAUGAGAGGUCCAUAAUGACAUAUGUUGCCCAGUUCCUACACAAAUACCCUGAGCCUAAGACGACGGGACCAGACGCAGUAGCGGCAGUACAAGAAGAGUACGGAUUAUUACGGGCGUGGCUCGCAGAGCGCGUUACCAUACUUCAAAGACAGUAUGACUCCAGAACUCUCUCCAGGAAUUACCAUGAUUAUCUCUUGGCGGAAACCGACAGAUUGGCCCGCGAGCCAUUGUACCACAAGUUGGAGAAGCUCAUGUACACACAAAGCCUAGUAGCCAUCGCCCCCAGCUCCUGGCGAGAACUCGUUGCACUCUGGGUAGAACUAGAACGACUGCACAGGAAAUGGCUCUGGCUUCUCGAUUCAGAUUUACCCGGAGAUUUCCGUGUUGUUGGGGAGUGGCUAGCCCGAGCUGAAUUCUUACUUUACUUCGAUGAAAUACCGACCGCCUUCGAUGAGAGGACAGCGGCCAUCAUCAGUGAAAAACUAGAAGAACACACAAGAUUCUUCGCAGACUUACCCGCUGUCGUAGAGCGAUUUGAAGCCGCUCUGAGAUCUUCCGACGCGUCCCAAAUUCCCCCCGAAAGACUGCAGAGUAUGCAGGAGCGAUUACAGACAGUGAGUCGCAACGCUCCCCAAAGAAAAGCGAGAUUGAAAUAUCUCGAACACAAAUGCUGUAUCGUUGCUUUCACCGAAUUAACGAAGGCUAAACUAGCCGCUUGGACCGGUAAAUACGGUCGAAUCGAUCAUGUACGUGCCUUAUUAGAAGAUUAUGACAAUUUUGUAAUAAAGAAUAAAAUAUUCCAAGAAUUUGAUAGAGCUUACGUUGAUAUAAAGCAGGUAGCUGAGGAGUAUAAGAGAGUGUGUGAAGUAGAUAGGAGUGAAGCCAGAGAGAUUGAUGUGUUUUUACGAGAUGUGUCUGAAACGUGGAGGAGAGUUGCAUCUGAUGUGAGAUGCGCUAGAAGUGUACUCGAGGAAGUAAUCGCUCACUGGGAAAGGUGGACGAUGCUAUCGGACCAAUUUACAACAUGGCUAGAUAAAGCACAGCACAUGCUACGAGUCUCUGAGGAUGAGAGGCUCGAGUUCUUCCAAGAUUUGACAGUGUGGAAGGAGAAGCAUCAAUUGUUGGGAGACGCUGCAGGCUUCCUGGCAGCAACAUGUACGGAGGAACAUAGCUCAGAAAUUAAAAGGAAGUACGUGGAAAUCACAGAAAGAUGGGAACGAGUCUGGGAAGAAGCAGAAAGAUACGUCAGAGGAGGUGACGCUCUUCGCCAUAGACGCGAACUGGCGAACGGGAUUCAAAACCUAGACUCGUGGCUAACAGGCGCUGAGAAUCUGCUUUCCCGGCACCCACGAGCGAACACAAAUGAUAUACAAACAUAUAUUGAUCAACUGUUACAACUUAACUCACAAAUUGAACAACACGAAGAACUCUUCAAGUCAAUAAGCAGGACAUUCCAAAACGCAAUCGCUGAGUUACCUCGAGACGAAGUUGAGGCAAACAUGAACAAACUGAAACAGCAAAAGGAAGCCUUAGUCAAAGUAAGGGCUACUGUCCCCGUAAAGUUGCAUCAAUAUCGGCAGCUAUUGGUCCAGCACGAGUCAUUGGAGACAGGACAAAAAGAAAUUGGACAGUGGCUGGAUAAGGCCGAGAACGCCCUUCGAUCCACUACCGAAUCUAGGCGUGAGUUGAUAGAAGAAACAUAUGAAAUCCAUCGAACAUUCUUCUCACGGACAACAUACUAUAGAUCAAUGCUGGAAAGCAAAAACAAAGUAUUCCAGAAUAUUGUAAAGGCAGCUGAUAUGGAUAAAAGCGCAGACGUCAGCGAUCAACUUUCUCUAAUGAGGGAUCUUAAUGAGAGAUUUGCCCACGUAUCAUCCGAGGCAACUCGGCGUGAAGCAGAUUUGCAACGUUUGGUUCGCGCCUGGGAAGAUUUCGAAACCAAGAAACGUAUUGUUGAAGACUGGGCGUCUAGAGCUGAAGCGUUGCUUGCUGAUAACAGAGUUGACAAUAAGCAAGCGCUCCAUCUACAUGAACAGUUCUUCCAUGGAGCUGACGAAAGAGCCGUGUCAGAACUUGUCAGAUCAGGACGAGAGCUUGUUGAGUUGGUGAAGGAAGAAGAUAGAGCCGGUGUAGUUCGAACAGUAGAAGAGCUGCAGAGAAGAUGGAAGGAAUUACUUGAGCGCGCGCCGCCACAUCUCAUGCGACAAGAAUUCAAAUUGGAUGAGACCGUCUUCCAUCAUUGUAUCAAAGAUAUCGAAAAGGAAAUCGCUUAUGAGGAGCAGGCCUUCAAUCAAAGUGAUGAUGCCGAUGGCAUUCUUAUCAGAAAUGAGGAGUAUUUCCGUAAUCAGGGCAAGGUGAUGCAAGUUGAACAAUGUCUUCAGAACCUGAAUAAAAUUUCCAGUAGCUAUACACAUCAAACAGGAGACACAAGCCUUGAGGAAGAGCUGCGAAGAUGUGAACAACAAUGGGAAUCUACAGUACAUCGAGUAGAAAACUUCAGACAACAACUUCAACAGAUUCCAGCUAAGUGGGAUGCUUAUAGAGCGAGAUUCGGGGAAAUGGAGAGGUGGAUGGACCAUGUUGAUAGGACUAUGGACAGCAUUGUUCGAGAAGUUGACUCAGCUGAAGCAUUUGAAAGAGAAAAAACAAUCUUUCAGAACAUUUGUCGUGAAGCCGACCGAAAACGUGAAGACAUGAAAUGGCUUGUACAAACAUUGGAUAUGCUUUCGAAUCACUGUUCUGAUAAUGAAGCUCAAGAAGAACAGGUUAAAUUAGAAAAUCUAAUUUCAAGAUAUAAAAAUCUCAUACCCACUAUUGAAAUUACUAUGAUUAAGACUGAGACCUACACUAGAUGUUACACAUACAGACGAGAAGUACAUGAAGUUAUUUGCAUAUUAGAAAAUGCUAAGAAACAUGCAAUGGUUGAACCUGAACCUCAAUCUCUACAGCAAGUUGAACAAUUAGUACUUGAACAGCAAGCAACUGUCCAGAAACUAGAUAGGCAGAGGCCUUCAGUUAUGUCCAUGUUGCAACGUGGAAAGGAACUCAUUAAAGAUGCAAAUGCUCCAGCAUUUGUCAGAGAAGAUGUCAGGAAUCUUGAAUCUGGAUGGAAUGUUGCUUAUGAAUCAAAUACUGACCGCCUACAUAAGCUAUGUGAUACCCAAAAAGUUUGGUCCAAUUACGAAUAUCAGAAAGAAGAAUUGCUCUCUGAUAUAGAUAAAAUUGAAAAUUUUGUUGCGCAUCCUGGUUUAGAGCUCGGUGUCUCUAGCAUAAGUCGUGAAUUGCAGGAAACGCAUGCUGUUAACGCUGAUAUAGAAAAAGCAAAAGCAGAAAGAUUACCGCAAUUGCAACAAGCCUAUGUAGAAUUGCGAUCUCUUACAGCGAAUAAGCCAAAACCAGUCAUAGAAAAAGAUUUAGAAACCAUUGAACAUAAGCUAGAUAGAGUACAAGAUGAAGUGCAGACAAAGGUUAUACACCUUGAAAAGUUUAACGUAGAGUGGACUAAAAUUGAGCGUAAACUCGACGAUGUCCGUGAUUGGAUUAAGAAAGAGAGUCCGGCUUUAAUAUCACAAAUUCAAUCUGAAACCAUAACCCCCGAAGAAAGAGUAGAAAAAUCUCAAGUGUUACAAAAAGUUAUCGCCGAGAAAAUGGAUAUCAUCAGAAAUGUCGCCGAACAAGGAACUAAACUGGCUGUUGAACAUCGAGUUCAAGAUUCCAAUAGACUUAAAGGUGACAUUGCUUUACUAGAAAAAAUGAUGGCUGAUCUACAAAGAUGCACUGAACAACAAACGAAAGUGGUAGAGCAUGAUCUUGCUAGCUGGCAAAAAUAUCAAAAAGGAGUCGCAGAAAUUAAACCAUGGAUUGAAGAAGCUGAACUGAAGUUAGGGAGCCUUCCCAAACCAACAACAUUGCCAGAAGCACAGCAAUUGCAGCAGCAGUCUAGAGCAUUGGUGACCGACUGUGACAAACAAUUGAUGAACCUACAGAUAUUGUCCAGUGUAAGCCAUCAACUCUCAGGCAAAACGAGUGCUCCUGAUGAAGUGGAUGCAAUACAUUCUAGGUGGGCAAUUGUCCAUGACCUAGCAGACCAAUGGAAUAGUAAAUUAGAAAAACUAACAGCCCAAUGGGAGGUUUUUGAAAAGGAAGCAGAAAAAAUUGAACUAUGGAUAGAUAAUGGGGAAAAGCUGAUAAAUAGUCGAAAUGUUAAUGUUGAAACACCGCAAGUAGAAAAACUUGAUCGAGAAUUAAACAAAUUGAAGUCUUUUGGAAAUGAAAUUUCACAACAACAAGCUAAAAUAAUAACGUUAUCUCAAACAUGCGAUAAUAUUUGUCAUAGUGUACAACCAGAAGGUGCUAAUUUAUUGAAAAAUAAGGUAAAUGACAUUAAACAGCGAACGAACAACCUAGCGGAAACUGUAAGAUCAAGAAUAAACGAAUUGUCUGAUAAAAUAAUUGUUAAACAAGAGUUCCUUACAAAAUUGCAUAACUUUGACAACUGGAUAACUGAUUUCAGAAGAAAAACCGAAAGCUAUGAUCAAAUAAGUUCGGACAGAGUUGAGCCAACUCUUCAGUCAAUGCAUGUUUUACUUCAGGAACACGCAGCGAAGGCACCGGAGUUCACAGACAUUUAUAAUGAAGUUAAGAAUAUGACACUCGCCUCCCAUCCAGAAGAAAUGCGUUCCUUAAAUGACACCUAUUCAAACAUCGCAGAUAACUAUCAAAUGAUUGAAAGUACUAUUCAACAAAAUAAAACCAUUCUUCAAAAAUGGUCCGAUUUAUUGAACUGGUAUGAAGACAAUAAGCAACAAUUGAACCACAUACAGUAUCAAAUUGAAGGACCAAAAUUAACACCGGAAAGCUACGAAGUACUUCGCCAAGAACUUGUUAAUAUACUAACCAAAGUACCAGAGAAAAAGACCAACGUUGCAUUGUUAGACGGUCCUUCAAAGAUAAAAGUAACUGAUCAAAACACAGGAAGACUUAUUUCACCGUCUAGCUUGGUGAAAGAAAUCGAAACAAAGGCUGAAACUUUGCUAAAUCAGACUAUUUCAAAAAGAGACCUGGUUCAAAAAGUUGGCGCUCGCUGGGACAAGUUUAACGUACAGCAUAAAGCUUUGUCGGAUAUUCUGCAAAAUAUUCAGAGUUCCCUUAAUGACAUGUCACAGAAACCUGCACCUUUAACAGAUGCAACAAUACAAGAGAUGACUGAACAAUUGGAUUGUUUAGAUGCAGAAUUAAAAGACAAACAAUCUGUGAGAAAGGAACUGAGAGAAGAAGGACUACAUUUAAUGCGUGAAGAUCAACAAAAUAUGGGUACCAUUCAAAAUGCUCUCUCCGCAGCGGACAAUAGCUGGGACCAAGUUGUAAACGCCGUUCGUGAUACUAAAAAUAAGUGCAUAUUACUUUCAUCAACUCUACAAGAAUUAAAGAACUUUAAUGUAGCUUUUGAUAGGGAAAUGUCUAGAGCAGAACAACUAUACAAUGAAUGUAAAAAUGCGCCAAAUGAUUACAUUCAGACGGCACAGGCAUUAGAGAAAGCGAAAAAGUCGUAUGAAGUGCUAAAACGCUCUAAAGGCUUGUUAGACCAAAUGGAUGUAAUAAAGCAAUCUGUACUAAAACAGGCUUCUACCGUAGGUGGUUUUGAUACUUCUCCUUUAGAGGACUCUUUCCUAAAUACUCAAACACACUGGGAAAAAGUAAACGAUACAAUUAUUAAAAGAAUCCAAGAUUUGGACUCCCAACUGUUAGUCUGGCGACAAAUUGAUGACGUCAAAAAUCAAGUAGUACAAUGGCUUAGUGAAACCGGUCAGAAUCUCGGUAAUGCUUGUGAUAACCUAGAAAUAAGGUUUGGACAAAAUCACCUUAUGAAAUACAAAGAAGAACUCCCAUUAUAUUUAGGGUUAAAAGGCAGUAUUAUUACUAAAUGUGAACAGAUUACAAAUCUAAAUAAGAGUAUACCUGCGGCACAAGUAUCGUCAAUUGUUGAAUAUUUAGAUAAUGAAUUUGAUGCUCUAAAAUCUUUGGCUGACAAUUUAGAAAGUGCUGUAUCAUCUCUCGAAUCAAAGGAAAAUAAAUUUAAAGAUACUAUUAAACGUCUUUCAGAUAAGGUAAGCAAAGUACGUGAUGAUAUUAUAAAAUGUGAUGAUAUGUCCGGUGAUAAUAGUAAAAUAUUGGAUCGUUUGAAAAAGUGCCAGUUAUGUAAAGCUGAACUUCAAAAUUUGAAUGACGAGAUAGAUAACUUAUCGCAAAACGUAUCUGAAAUGAAUGCUAAUUAUCCUGGUUUCUACGAGUCAUUGGUACCAAAAGAACUUAGUAAUCUUCAGAAAAGGUUUGAAAGCGUCUUGACACACGCAAAUAAAACUGAAACUACGCUUCUUACUUUCUUACAAAAAUCAUUCACGGAUAAACUUAGCAUGUUUAACAGAAAUUUAAAGAUAUUGGAUGAUAAGACAAGAUGGUGCAUGCCGGAUGUUAACAAUGAUAAAUACAACCUCGAGGUAAAAAGCGCCGCACUACUCGAAGUCGGGACGGGUAUUGAAGAAUGCCACAAAAAAAUUAAGGAAUUAAAAGAGGCUUGUGAUACUUUACGAAUUGUAGCCGAACCAGCUAGUGCCCAAGAAGCUGCCGUGCAAACAGAAAAAGCACAGAAAAACUUGGAUGUAUUGUCGUCAAAUUAUGACGAAAUAAAAAAUAGAUUGCAAGAAAACAUUGAUGCGUGGCAAGAUUAUGAGACAUUAUUAGAACUGGUUUCAGAAUGGCUACGAGAAAAAGAAAACCAAGUUCGUUUAGAAGCAGCUAAUCUCAGCGACUUAAAUGAUAUUGACAAUAAAAUUAUUCAACUUGAAGGUUUGCACAACGAGAUUAAAAACUAUAGUGGUGAAAUAAACAGGCUUACAGAAAUUGGAGAAAGUGUGCUAUCUAAAAAUCCUGAUUCUAGAGUUACACAAUAUAUUAAUCAUUUAGUAAAUAGAUAUCAAACUGUAGACAGGUUCAUAGAUAACCACAUUAAACGUUUAAGUGACUUAAAGAACAAUAAAGAAAAGUACGAGAAAACAACAAGCGAUUUCAAAAAUUGGUUACAGGAAGCCAAUGCUAAUAUAGUCGACUUAGCUGCUAUGAGCAAACAUUCUAAGCCAUCAGUGGCUGACUUAGAACAAGUUAAAAAGCUAAAUGAAAAUAAAGAAUUAGGCCAACGGUUGCUCAAUAGUGCUAUUGAAACUGGUGAAUCAUUAUUUAGUGGCAUAACACCAGAAGGGCGUGAAAAAGUCAGAAAUGAGUUGCGAACGUUGCGCGAUUUGUUUGAAGAUUCUGUAGAUUCCCUAAAUAACGUAAUCAAGGACAUUGAAACUACUCUUAACAAAAGAUCGUCCUUUGAUGAUACCUUUAACCAAGUUCAGAAGUGGAUAAGCGACAAAGAAAAUGAAUUGGGAGAAUUUAAGUUGUGUCCUACUUUACCAGACAAAAAAGCUCAUUUACAUGCAAAUAAAAUAUUACACCAAGAAGUAGAAUUGCACCAAUCUAUGCUUUCACAACUUACAGAGAAGAUUAAAUUAAUGCCCGAUGACGAAGCUGAAAAAAGUCUUAGUAACGUUAUAGAUAAAUAUACAAAUAUGUCAACCGCAAUACAAAAUAGAAUAAAAUCAUAUGAAAGUCACGUGUCUGAUCAUGAAAAAUAUGUUCAAAUGUUUGAAGAAACACGCGAUACCAUUAACCAUAUUGUAGCUGAAAAUAGUAUGUUGCACUAUGGCGUUGUCACACAAAAAGAUGAUAUUGACAAUAAGCUAGCUGUAAUUGAAAAGGUUUCGACCAAAUCACUAGCAUUAAAACAGGCUUUAGACAAUCUUAAACAUCAAUUGCAUAAAGUUUUAGAAUCUACCAGUCCCAAUGGUCACCCUGUUUUAAUAAGUGAAUUUGAACAAUUAAAAGCAACUUGGGAUCAAUUUGAAAAUCAAUGUCAAGACCAAGAUAAGAGACUUAAAGAAACUUUGCAGCAGUGGAAUAACAGUCAAAGAACGCUGGAUGAAUUAGAAGAAUGGCUUAAGAUUAAAGAAAAUCUAGUUAGAGAUCAAAGCUUAAAAAGUACCCUGGAAGCGAAAGUAGCACAUUUGCAACGAUUAAAAGAAAUACAAAAUGAACUGACUGCGAAAACGACGAGUUUCAAUGCUUUAUCUGAUACUCAAAAUAUAACAAAUGAGACAGAAAUAACAAAUAAAACUUCAAAAUUGGCUACUAGAUUCCAUACGUUGAACAACUUAGUGAACGAGCUCAUAUCAAAGUAUGAAGUAUUUGUGUCCGAACAUAGAACUUUUGAAAAUGAAUAUAACGACAUGGAAAAUUGGCUUGGUGGGAUGCUUGGUGAAUUACAAGAUUUAAAUGAAAUUGUCGGAGAUUAUGCUGUCCUGCAAGAGAAACAAAAUAAAGCUAAAGAACUCUAUGAAACCAGAAACAAGAAAACACCCAUUUUUGAAGAUUUCCUUAGUCUUGGAGAAAAACUGUAUGCACACACAAGUCCCGAUGGCAGAGAGGUUAUUCGUCAGAAAAUACGUAAAGUAAGAUCUUUGUGGGAUAGUUUCGGUGAUAGUUUUCAGGAAACUGUUAAUAAGUUGGAUCAAUGUUUACUUCAAUUUUCCGAUUUUUCUUUGGCUCAGGAACAGCUAACAAAAUGGUUAAAGGACGUAGAACGUGCUAUGCAAAAACACACAGAACUUAAGGCAUCGCUAGAAGAAAAAAAGGCUCAAUUACAAAAUCAUAAAAUUAUGCACCAAGAAAUUAUGACUCACCAACAGCUUGUAGAAUCUGUUUGUGACAAAGCACAGCAAUUAGUUGAUCAAACUCAUGAUGCAUCAUUGAAUGUGUAUUUGCAAUCUAUAAAGCAGUUAUUCCAAAAUAUAGUUACUAAAUCUCAAAAUCUUCAAGAGAAUUUAGAAGAAUGUGUCAAGAGACACGAAGAUUUAAGUCGACUGAUCCAACAAUACAAGGAAUGGAUAAGCGGUCAAUCAGAAAAGUUAUUGGAUAUUGAAAAUGCUACUGGUGAAAAGCCUGAAAUUAUACGAAAAUUACAGUCUGCUUUAGCAUUAAAAGAUAUUGAAAAAGUUGGUUCCAAUAAAUUAGAUGAAAUAAGAGCUGUUUUUACAAUUGUAAGUAAAAGUACAUCGGAGGCUGGUAAUGUUUUGAUAAAGACAGAAAUUGAUAAUUUACAACAACAAUUACGUAAUGCUAUCCAGAGCAUUGACAUGUCAGAACAAAGAUUAAAGCAGACGUUAAUUGUUUGGAACACCUUUGAAACAUCGAUUGAGAAAUUGACUGAGUGGCUAAAAGACAUGGAAUCCAAAUGUCGUGAUCAGGCUCUUUGUUCUACUUUACAAGAAAAAGAAGACCAGCUUCAACGAUAUGUCGACCUUCGUAACGCUAUUCACACGAAAGAAAAGGAAAUUGACAGUUUUGUUGAUGAAUCUCACAGCCUUAUACAAUUAAGUGGAGUUGAAAGACUUAAACCACUUGUAACACAAGUCAAUAGUCGCUACCAACAAUUGCAUCUAAUAUCAAAAGAAAUUGUAACACAUUGGUCCGAACUUGUCGGUGAUCAUAAGAAAUUUAACCAAUUGCAAAGUGAGUUUGAUUUAUGGCUGAGACCACUAGAAGAACAGCUAUCGAAAAUGAUCGAAGAUAAACUUAGUAUUGAAAAUAAAGGAAAUAAGCUGCAAGUAUUCUUACUAGAAAAAGACAACGGUGAACAUAAAAUGAGCAUAUUGGCAACUGCUGGCGAUAAAGUACUGCCAGAAACAGCAGCUUCAGGCCGAGAAAAUAUACGCGCUGAUAUAAGAUCACUCAGGGAAAGGUGGGAUAAAUUCAAUGAUAGUAUCGCACAACAGCAAAAAGAAUAUGAAUCACAGACAUUGCAGUGGUCUAGUUAUCAGGAUGUUUUACAACAAACUUUGUCUUGGUUAGAUGAAAAAGAAAAAGUAGUAGAGAAUGAAGAAAAGGCCAAACUUAAUUCUGCUCAAGAAAUUAAAAGUAAAAUAUUAAAAAACAAAACAUUAUUGCAAGAGAUAUCUUCCCAUAAAAGAGUUAUAGAAACGGUUACCGAUAAAGCAAAAACUGUAGCAGCCAGUAUUCAAUCAAGUAAAAAAGAAACUGAAGAAACAACAUCUAUUAUUAAGUCUAUUUGGGACAGGUAUAAUGCACUCACUAGUAGACUGACUGCCAUCAUCGACAAUCAUGAAAGUACUUACGAAAUAUAUCAACAAUUUACUGACCAACAGAAAUCUUUACAAGAUUAUCAAAAGAAUUUAUGGGACAGGCUUCAUCUCUUAUCAGACUUUACCGGUAAUAAAGCUGCACUACAAAAUAAAUUGACGAAAAUUCAAGAACUUUUGGAUGCCAUUCCAGCUGGUAAUAACAAACUUAAAAUAGUAUUAGAUUUGAUCGAAAGCCAUUCCGAUAAACUAUCUCCACGUGGCAAAGAAGCAAUGUUCCGGGAACUUGGCUUACUUAAAGCUGAUUUAGAGAAGUUUACGACCACUGUCCAUGAUGUAAAACGUGGUAUAGAAGCUAAGAUACAGCAAUGGAUAGAGUUUGACAACGCCAAUGAUCGUCUUCAGCACUGGCUUAGUGAUACCGAAAUGAGCCUUAAAACUUAUACACCUAAAGCUACAUUGGAAGAGAAAAUAGAUCAACUCAAUAAAUAUCAGGAUUUGAGUAGGACGAUUGAUAAUCACGAGUCUGAUUUGAAUGCAGUGAUUAAUUUGGGCGAAGCAUUGGAACAAGCUAUUUCAGCUAACUUGAAAAAGGCAGAAAAUGAUGUUGACAAAGUUACAGAUGAAUUUAGUGACCUUAUAGAAAAUUGCCAUGAUACUAGGAUCACUAUGAAUUUACAGCAAAUGACAUCUCGAUUCCAAUCUGUGCAUUCCACGGCCAAAGAGUUAGUAAAAAAAUGUCAACAAGCAGUGAAUGACCACAAUGCAUAUCAAGAGAAAAAUAGACAAUGUAUUGAUUGGAUUACAACAGCUCAACAUAAGUUUGAUGAAUGCCAGAAGAAUUUGUCUAAUACUCCUGAGGGAAUAGCCGCUAAGCGAGAAAGCCUUAACGAUCUGUUAAGUCAACGACGAAACGCUACACUUCUUGUUAACAAUACUUUUGAACUGGGAGAGAAGCUGUAUCCUUCUACUUCACCUGACGGUAAAGAGAUAAUUGAACAACAACUUCAAGAUGUACAACAUGCUGUUGAUAAUCUGUUUGAGAAUAUUACAAAGGCUGAACGUAAUCUGGAUUCUGAGCUAAAUAAAUGGUCUUCAUUCGAAGAUAAUCUUAAGACAGUACAAGACUGGCUAGCUCUUGCCGAGAAAAAUUUGCCUAAAGAAAUUGAACUUAAGGCAACCUUAGAUGAAAAAAGAAGCCAAUUAAAUGUUUACAGAGAAUACUUACAAGAUGCCCUAUCUCAUCAACAAGAUAUUGCCGAACUCGAAAUGCGUGCUCAAAGUCUACCUGACGUGACUGAAGACAUCAAGAAAAACAUCAAUCAGUUGAAGAAUAGACAAGAAACUAUACUUAAAAGAGCUAAAUCAUUUGUAGAACAAUAUGAAGCUAUUGUUAAUAAUCACCAACAAUACUCUAAAGCAGUUAUGGAUUUGCAAGAAUGGGUUGAAGCUACCCAUAAUACUGCUCAGCUGUGGGGAGACGUUAACUUAGAAAGAGUGGCUUUGAGUAGUAAUUGCGAGAAGCUAAAGUCGUUGCAAUUAAGUUUACCUGAAGAGAAAAACCGCAUCGAUAAAAUACGAAGUAUUGGUGAGAAAGUAUUACCAGGAACAAUCAGCGGUGGCCAAACCAACAUUAGAAAUCAAAUUGAUGCAUCUCACCAAGAAUGGGAAGGAUUGGUGUCCUUCAUUAACAAAACUAUAGAAUCAAUAGAAAAUAAGAUUCAACAGUGGAAUGAAUAUGAGAAUAUGAAAGACCAAUGUUUAGCUUGGAUAAGAAACACAGACAAUCAAAUUCAUGGUGUCGACUUAAAGGCAACUUUACCAGAAAAACAAGAGCAAUAUAACAAGUUCCAAGAAUUGCAAGGAGAGGUGCGCGCUAAAGAAUUAGAAAUUGAUAAUAUUACAGAAAGAGCACAACAUUUGUAUACCGGAAUGUUAGGACCUCGAGGUUCUCAAAUAUCUGACCUAACUGUUAAAUACCAAAUGUUAUGCCAAAAAGUAAAAGAUUUAACCAAUAGAUGGCAACAAUAUGUAAAAACACACCAAGAAUUUGCAAGCAAUGUGACAGAGUGUUCUCAAUGGAUCGAAGAACUGAGAGACAAGCUAGAUUUUUGUUCCGAUCUAAGUUCAUGUUCCCAAGACGAUCUAGAAACAAAGUUGGUACUUAUUCAAAACUUACUACUGACCAAAGACGAGGGUUUUACAAAAGUUCAAUCUUUAGUAGAAUUAGCUCAAAAUGUUCUGGCGAAUACCGCACCAACUGGUCACGAUUCUAUCAAUAAUGCAUUAGUAGCUUUACAAGAACAAUGGUCGGCUCUUUUGUCACGCAUGAUUGACACCAAAAAUAUGUUAGAUGACUCUGUUACAAAAUGGGCUGGAUUCCUGGAACAAAUACAGCUUCUAGAAAAAAGUAACACUUGGUUAGAAAAUAGCCUUUCAGAAUUAACGCCCUUCGCAGGUUCCAUGACCGAUAAAAGGGCACAGCUCGAAAAACUAAAAGAAGUUGAAGAAAAAGCUCGUUGUGACCGUUUAGAGGUUGAUGGCCUCAAAGCCAAAGCAUCCGAAAUGUUAGCUAGUGGUCAGCAAAAUCAGGCUGCCUCUAAAGCUCAAGAAACCUUGAAUAAGUUUGAUUCCCUUUAUGAUAAAGUGAAAAAAUUACUUGCCGAUAGAGAGGAACAGUACAAAGAUCACAGGUUAUAUAAAGAAGCCCACGAUGAACUUAUUCAGUGGCUCGGAAGAGCGAGAGAAAAGGUUCCAUCAUUAAAAUCCAAACCACUUAGUGAUAAAUUGGCCAUCGAAAAUUCUGUAGCGCCUCUUGAUGCCCUCAUUAACAAGCAAGCUCAGGGAGAGCUUCUUUUAGAACAUUUGCAACACACUGGGGAAGUUCUUCUUGCAAGUACAUCUCCUGAGGGCCAGGUGGUAAUUAAAAACGAAAUGAAAGCUUUAAAAGAAAGCUUUGAUCAGCUCUUUAAUGAAAUUAAGCAACAAAAGAAUCAGCUAGAGGAUAUUGUGAAUCAAUGGAGAGAUUACAAAGAUGAGUAUGAAAGGUUAUCUGAUUGGUUACAGCAAAAAGAAAUUCUUAUUAAAAACCAUAAAGUGGCGCUGUUAGGAACUGCCAAAGAGAAAGGUGGUCAAGUUAACGAAGUGAAAGAGAUUGUUGAUCAGCUAAGCAAAGGAAAAGUAGACUUUGACAACUUCAAUGAUUCUUCUGCUGGAUUGCUCUCAUCUCAUUUAGACACUUAUGUAAAUAAUCAACUUAGACAUUUAAACUCCAGAUACCAAGUAUUGCUUAACAUGGGUAAUGAUGUCCUCAAGAAAGUCGAAAACAACUAUGAACAACAUCAAGCAUAUGAUGAUAAUUAUGCUAAGACUAAGAAGUGGAUUGAUGAUGCCUGGGAAGUCACCCGCAUUGGAAGUGAGGCAGGUAGCAACAGUAGUAAGGAAGCAUUACAAAAACGCUUAGAACAAAUCGAAGACUUGCUCAAACGUCGCGAAGAAGGUCAAAACUUGGUCCACGCGACCAUAAACAGUGGAGAAAAAGUAUUGAGAAACACUAGGUCAGACGGAAAAGAUAAAAUUAACACAGAAAUUAAAGAUUUGCAAAAUGAAUGGGACCGUCUUGUUAAGAAAAUGACUACGGCCAAAGUUCAUCUCGAAACUGCACUUUUGCAAUGGGCCGAUUACAGCUCAAGUUAUUCACAGCUUCAACAAUGGAUAUCCGAUAGAGAGGCGAAAUUGCAAGAGGUUUGCGAACAGAAAGUAGCUAAGUCUAAAAAGGGACAAGAUCGCCUUGCCGGUCUCACGACAGGCCUGAGCUUAGGCGAAAGAAAAGCAACCCUUCGUCAAACAAACAAUAUUGUUCAGGAUAUCGUUUCGUUUGAGCCCAUGAUUCAGUCUGUUACUUCUAAGGCUUCAGAAUUGAUGCAACAAGCUCCUGCUUCUGAAAUUACCAGCAAAUACGAGACAUUAUCGAAACAGGCGAAGGAUUUGUAUGAAAAGCAAAAAGAAACUGUAGAGCAACACCAAGCGUUUAUCGAUUCCGGCACAGACUUUGUCCAGUGGAUUAGAGCUGCAAAAGAGAGAUUAGGGAAGUGCUCCGAUGCGACGGGAGAUAAAGAGUCUCUUAGCAGCAAGAUUUCGCAACUGAAGGUAUUGGAAAGUGAAUUACCAGAAGGGCAAGCAAAACUGCAAAAAGCCUUAGAGCAAGGGGAGAUAUCCUGUGGGCUCGCUGAUGAAGAGGACAGAGAAGACAUUGAAGAAGAAGUGGCUCUAUUGCAAGAGGAGUACGAUACAUAUGUCGAGCAGCUAAACAGCACCAAGGCCCUAAUUGAAGGUGGUAUAGUUAAGUGGACGGAGUACGAAGAGCAUUAUAAGGAAGCCCUGGAGUGGUUGUCGAAGACUGAAAAAUUAGUUCAAUCAUUUAAUAAACUUCAAAAUAACCUCGAGCAAAAGAAAAUCGUUCUGGAGGAGUUCCAAGGUCAUUUACAAACUUUAUUCGACUGGCAAGCCGAGUUAGAUAAGCUUAACAUGCGAGCACAGACCUUGUUAGAAACCUGCGCAGACACGAGAAUAUCAAACGGCAUCACUCAGCUAACUACGAAGUAUAACGCGAUACUAUCUUUAGCCAAAGAAGUCAUGAAGCGAUUGGAGCUUCACUACCAGGAACACCAACAACACAACGCUCUCUACGGAGAAUGCCAAGACUGGCUCGACAGAACUCGAGAAAAACUAAACCAAUGCGCCGAAAUUCCCAACACCCUUCAAGAAGUUAACCACAAACUUAACACCGUAAAACUAUUACGUCAAUCCCUAGAACAAGGACAAAAUAAACUAAGAUAUUUACUAGAACUUAAGGAAAAAGUAAUAAUGAACACCGAACAAACGGGCGCAGCUAAAAUACAAGAAGAUACUGACAAUUUGAAACAGGAGUUUGAUAAACUUAUUGCGGACUUGCAAGAUGUCCGUAAUAAGCUAACAAACAGAGCUUCUCAAUUUGAUGAUAUUACCAAGGUACACAAAGUUCUAGUUGAAUGGUUGGAUGAUAUUGAUCAGAAAAUCCAAUCAGAUGAUUCAUUACUUAACGAUCUCUCAGAGAAAAAGGCUAAACUAGAGAAAUUUAAGACAUUUAACAGGGACAUUGAUUCUCACAAAGAUCUGGUCAAUAAAUUGAACGAAAAAUUACAAGAAGAUGCCUCGUUAAAGACAAAAGAUUUCGAGGACACUCUCCAAAGAUAUGAUGAUAUAAAGAAAACUGUUGACGACAUGAUUACUAAACUCGAAGACUACGUCAAUUCCCACAUUCAAUACAAAGAAUCUUAUGACAACUUCUAUGAUUGGAUUCGAAACUGCAAAAUCGAGAUCCAACAGUCUGCUGAUUCACACGGUGAAAAAGCCGAAGUACAGAAAAAACAGAAGAACGUGAAUAAAAUAAUUGGUUCCUUGCCUAAGGGCAAAGCCUUACUGGACAAAGCGGUGGCUCUGAGCGAAGCUGUUCUUGAAACUACUGGAAAUGAAGGCAAAGAUAGCAUUAACCAAGAUAUUAAACAAUUAAAAAUCGAAUGGGAAAACUUACAACAGAUUUGUAGAGAUACAAAGAAACUUCUAGAAAAAUGCCUGUCUACGUGGUCCGACUUCAUAGAAACAUCUGAGAAGAUGACGAAGUGGGUCAAAGAGUUUGAUUCAAAAUUAAAUGCUGUACAAAAAGUUGAUAAAAUCACUCCAGAAUAUCUGGAAAAAUGUCGCGAUUUGUUAGCUCAAGCAUUAGCGAACAAACAUGUGUUAGAAGAACUUAAUGAUAGAUGUGAAAACCUGAUGGAACUUAGUGCAUGUGCAUGGGUGCGUGAUAAAACGGUUAAUUUACAAACUGAAUACACCUCUCUCUUAACGAAAAUACAAAGCUUAGUUUCCAAUGGAGAAAAGAAUCUGUCAGACCACACAGAGUUUAUCAAGGCUAAAGAAGAUCUGCAACAAUGGUUGGAGACAGCCCACGGCACUGUGCACGAUUCAAUCGGAGUAGGAGACAUUGACACUACUAAAGACAAACUGGAGACUAUAAAACUUGUUAGCAAUAGAAUGACCGAGGGACAUCACUUAUUACUCGUUUUACAGGAAGCGUUUAAGAAAGCACUAAAUAACACUCCACCCGAAGAACAGGACGCACUCAGAAAUGACGUCAAAGUUCUACAAGAAAGCUGGGAUCAACUUAAGAUAGACUUGAACUCUAUAACAGCCCAGCUUAAAGCAGCCAUUGGCAAAUGGGAGGACUUUGAAGAAUCGAAAAAUAAAAUAAACCAAUGGAUCAAGGAUACAGAACAGAACUUAGACAAAGUUCCCCCGACAGGUGGAGAAUUGGGUGAAAUGAAGACACUUCUCGAGAAAUACAAACACAUUGAAGAUGAAAUUGACAACAAAUCGCCUGAAUUGCAACGUAUCAAAUGUGAGGCCAAUGAAUUGAGCAGUUGGGCCAGAAAGCCGGCAGUGAAAGAGGCGGUUGUGGAAAUAGAAAAGAAAUGCGCUGCUCUGAGAGCGAAAUGCGCUGCAAAGAAAACUGAACUAGAAUCUGAAAUCAAAGACUACAACCAUUAUCACCAAUGCUUACAAGACACAGAAAAGUGGUUACUGCAAAUAUCUUUCCAAUUGAUGGCACACAAUUCUCUUUACAUAUCGAACAGAGAACAGACUGAAGAACAAUUAGCUCAACAUGCGGUGCUACUUGAUGACAUCCAGAAGUAUCAAUCCACUUUGGAUGAUUUGGAAGCCCUGGGUCGUGCUCAAAUUGAGAGAUAUGAAGCUACAGCACCGUCCAUAAGAGACACUGUUGGAAAACAGUUGAAGAACGUAAACGACAGUCAUAAGAGCUUAUUGGCCACUGCUCUUCAAAUCGAAAGACGUCUGAGAGAGGGAUUGGCUAAAUUUAAGGAGUACGAAGAUACACUAGAAAGCAUUUUGAACAAUUUGGACGAAUGUGAACCUGCCAUUACGGAGUUAGAUGUACCAGUGGAUGGAUUAGCUCACGGCCGAGAUUUACUUGAGAAAGCCAGGGGACUUCACAACCGUCUCCAAACGGAAAAAAGCCGUUUAUCAGCAGCCGUGGCGGCUUGUUCAGCUGCCGCAGCAUCUGUUUCACGUCCAUCCUCUCCGGCUGACAGUGCCCCACUGCCUAUCCCUCCGCGGGAGUUACACGUCAGGGCCCGACUUGAAGACCUUAUUGAUCAGAAACAUGUAAGUGAAGUGGGCAGCGCCCGCGUUGAUGCUUUACUAAAGAAUGUCGAAGCACCCGAGUUCAACGAGAAAUUGGACACGUUAGAGAAUAGGGUACAAAGUCAUCUAGAAACUCUCCGAGAUGCGGUUCAAGAAAUGGAGGAGGCGAUGAAACAAGUUCUUGAGAUUCAAGAUUGGAUAAAUGUUCACAAAGCUUUAGCCAAUGAUUGGCUCUCAAAUCCAUCAAAACUCCGCCCUGAAGCAGCUAAACAAGACAUGGCUGCGAUGAAUGAUGCUCUUGCGUCAUUGACCGAGAAGAGGAAUCGAUUACUAACUGAAAUUCAAACUGAAGGCCUCGAAGAUGAAAUCAAUCUAGAAGAAGAGUUAGCUGAAUUGGAACAGACAAUUUUGAAAUCUAUUGAAAGGGAAAAGAACAACCAAGCCGUUAUUGAUGACUUCCGCCACAAAUGUCAGGAGAUCCACGAUUGGUUUGACGCUGUACUCAAGAAAAUGUGCUUGGCCGAUAAGGGCUCCGGUUUGCCGUGCCCACAGAAACUCAAUGCUUUGAAAGAACUUUCAUCACAGUUUGAUCAGGAUGGCAAAGAGAAAGUAGAGAACAUAAAGACAAUAGGAACCCAAGUUAUUAAUAUUGUUAGUAAUUUGGAAUCUCAACAAGUAGAAGAACAGAUGAAAUCUGUCGAAAGAAGAUACAACGACAUUGGUAAACGUAUUCAGCGUAAAUUACAAAUGCUCGAGAUAACUUACAAAGCUAUAGAUGGUACUAAGAGUGAAGUUGCUGCACAAAAUGAAUGGCUUCAAAAAGCUAUUGAUACUGUACAGCAUCCUGAACCGCUGGGCUUUGAAAGUAAGGCUGUAAAGGAACGUCAGAAAAAAAUGGCUACUCUUCUUAAAGAGGCAGACAGUAAGAAGACAGCCAUAGACUCUCUUGAGAAAAAGCUCAGCAAUAUUCAAUCUGAAUUAGAACCGUCAGAGCAAAUGCAGUUAGAAUCGGAACUAGCUGAAUUAGCUUCUAAACAAAAGCAGUUAGCAUCUUUGAUUAAACAAGAAAUAGAACGACUGGGUGGGUGUAAUGAAAUCAGGAAGAAAUUAGAGAAUGAUAUGGAAAAAGCAAAGAAUUGGCUCAAAGCUAAACUAGCUGAAGUUAAGAAACUAGGCGGAUCCAUUCCUUUAGAAGCCGCAAAAAUUGAAAAAGAAGUAACAACUCACAAGAAACACCAAACGGAGCUCGCUGAUUUCCAAAACGAUACUUUAAGUGAAGUUAUCCGACAGGGCAACGCCGUAUCUAAAGACUGCUCGAAUGAAAACAGAGCUAAACUUCAAGCGAUGUUAGAAGAUCUUAACAAAAUGUACACAACCGCAAAAGUGGACAUAGAUGAGAAGCUGGCUGCUUUAAAUAAAUUAUUGCAAAUUAGAAAUGAAUUUGAGGCUGACGUUGCGAAGAUUCAAAGCUGGUUGAAUGAAGCUGAAGUUGCAGCUACACCGGAACUGAGAACUACAAGCCUUCAAAUACUAGAGGAGCAGUUAGUUAAGUUUGAAAAACUCAGUAAAGAAGCUGACGAUGUUGAAAAGAAUAUCAAUAAGAUAAAAGAUAAAUCCAAAGAUAUUAUGGAUUCUUUAUCUGACUCCAAUAAGUUACAACUUAAAGAACAAGUGAACAUCCUCUCUGAUAGAUUUGCUAGAAUUAACGCUAUUAUUCACGACAAAAAGAAUAUAUUAUUAAAACACAUCAAAGAAUAUAAAGACGCUGCUGCCAAGAUUGCAGCAGCCCUUGAAUUCCUUAACGAGAUUCAAAACAAACUAAAAGUGUUGAACAAACCAAUAGGAAGUAAAGUGGAAGAUGUUCAACCAAUCAUUCAAGCAUAUGAAACUAUUCUGGACGACUUAAAGAAAAACAAAGCUAUGCUAAAUGAAUUGCAAGGAGGAAAUUUGCAUGAUUUACAGGACAUCCUUACUAAACAAGAUGAUUUGAUGAGUACAAUUGAAGACCAAAUAUCGAAACUCAAACAACUGUUAUUAUUGCGUGAGCAGUUCUUUGCACUUGUGAAGGAAAUUGAAGAAUUUAUUACUAAAUACACGGAAUUGACAUCCGAAAUAGAAAGAUCAAAUGACUCUCUAGAAGACAAGAUUAAACGAUAUGACGAUAUCAUUCUUAAAAUCCAAGGCUGUGAGGCGUUGUUAGCGACUGCAACUGAUAAAGGUCAACAAAUCGCCGCUGAAGGCACUGUGAUUGAUAGAAACAAUAUAACUGAAUUGUUGCAAUCCCUGAAGCAACAGUUGUUGACAUUAAGACGUACAGUUGAAUCUAAGAGGCAAGAACACGAAAGAGCUGCGGCAGAACACAAAAAACUUGCUGCAGAUCUCUCAGAAAUAUUACAAUGGCUACACGACAAUGAAGCAGUCGUUCUUUCAAGACCACUACUCAGUAGAGACGUGGCCAGUGUCGACAAGAAACUGGUCGAACACGCUGCAUUGGCGAAGAACGUGCAAUCUUAUUUAGAUAAAUUUACUAACAUCACAGAUGCUAUCAAAAAUGACGAUGGUGUACCCGGAAGCCUACUCGAGAUGGUAUCUGAUGGCAACUCAUUGAAAACGUCUCUCCCUGCCGAAUUGGCGAACCGUGAAAAGCAUCUUCAAGACAACAAGAAAUACAGACAGCAAUACAUACAAAUGGUUGAGAAAUUAAACAUUUGGGUAAACGAAGCGAAUAUCCGUCUCGGAAUGGGUAAAAAUGGGACCGACUUUGAGAACAUCGAAGCUGAUUUAGAAGAGCACAAGUCGUUCUUCAGUACAUCGGAGCCAGAAAUGAAGGACUUGGUUGGCAAACGAAUGCAGGACAUAGUAGACAAAAUAUGGUCUUCCCUAACACCGUCUGAACAGGAAGAGCUAUCGAAAGAACACCAGAAGAAUACACAGCUUCUAAAGAAUACCUUGAAUUCGGCGAAGUCACGUCAAGCGCAAUUGGAACAAGAUUUGGAGAUAUGGAAGGACUUCUGCCAGCUCGUAGAGAAGAUUAAGGCAAUUCUGGAUAAGAAUGAGAUUCCUGAUGAACCUGUGACUAGUGUGGACGCGUUGAGGCUGCACAUCGAGAAGCUGAACCACGCCAAGUCUGACUUAGAGAACCAGCAGCCGCUCCUCGACGUAGUUCGGGAGCGUGCUCGCGAGUUGUCGAGCGGCGCAGACGCAGCGAGCGGUGAACGCGUCGAGCACCGCACGAGGGAACUCGCUGAACGUUGGAAUAUCGCAUGCGAAGGCUUAGCCAAGCGUGCAGCAACCGCAGACACGCAACUCCACCGUUGGACCCAACUACUCGACACUCAAAGGGGUCUCUCGUCUGCUAUCACAGCUGCUAACGAUAGGCUUCGGCAGUUAGACGCUAGUCCAAGUACGAGGAGACGCGCUGUGGACACAAGGCAUGCUCUGCAGGAGCUGCAGACUGAAGUAUCAAGCCUUGAAGAGAGUCGUGACGACUUGUUGGAGCACGCGGAUUUCGUCGUAUCACUAUUAACACCACAUUCGCAGCAGUUGGCUGAAGAAACGCGCGCCGGUGUACAAGACCUUGCAGACGCAUAUGAGAAAUUGCGACAGACUCUUGCGGCGAGACUCGCGGAGAUAGACGAAAUCGUUUCUGAAUUCGAUCGCGUGUCCGAAAACAUUGAAAAGUUUCGCCAACAGAUCGAAGUUUACAUCGCCAAAGUCGGGACCUUCUACGUAUACGGGGAAGACGACGCGGACGGUGUCCGCGAUUUGGCAAAACAAGUUUCUGAUCUUGUUGACAAUACGAAGGGCUUCACCGAAGAUAGCAGGAAGCGAUACGGAGGCUCGGCGCCAGCUGACGUUGCGCAGGAAUUGUCUGCUUUAGAAUUAUCAGCAGAAGCAUUAGCCGCAGCCAUGGAGGAGAAGGAGAGGGAGUGGAAGAGAGCGAAGACGGCCCGCACCGAAUACGCAACAGACGUCGAAAGCGUCCAGGCGUGGGUCCGGGCGGCUGAGCUCACAGCCAAAGAGAGGACUCUACCCCCAGAAGCAUAUAAAGAAAGAUUGGUAUCAACCAGAUCUGAAAUUCCUAAUAUUGCAGACCGCAUGGAAAGACUUAGCCGUAAUGCCCGUGCGAUUGUAGAAGGAAGCAGGGACGCUGCGGAACGCCAACUCAUUCAAUCCACAGUCACAGCGUUAUCUGAACAAUUCAGCGCUGUCUGUAGUGAACUGGAAGCUCGACAGACUGCUGUCGAAGACGCUUGUGAUGCCGUGGCUAGAUUCCUUGCCUUGUUAGAGAAGGUCCUACUAUGGGUAGAAACACAACGUGCUUUCCUUGCGCGGCCACUUCCGUUGGCCGACUUGCAGGAGGCCCAGCAGAAACAAACUGAAUACGGGAAUGCUCUUAAGAGUUGUAAGCAGCAAGCUAAAAAUUUGGCAGACAUGGCUAAAGAAAUCGAAGUUAUAGAACGCGUCACCAGUCCGGGAGAUUUACCUUCUAGAUUGGAAGCGGCCGAAAAUGCUACAGUCGAUGUCGAAAAGAAAUUAGCUAAAACAAAUGGACUGUUACAAGAAUUAGCAGAAGAAUGGGAAAGGUGUGAAAAGAAAUUAAAGGAUGUAGGCCACUGGAUAGAAGCUACUACUAGGACCUUAGAGGCUCCUCAAAGCACGAAGAAGCCACUCAGAGAUAGACUUGCUCUGAGAGAGAAACUCAUUAACGACAUAUCAACACAGAAAACAAAAAUAUCUUAUGCCGUCGAGAAACUCAACGUACACUUUGGCCCGGAAGGCGUGGCGUCGCAGAGUCAGUUCCCCGAAGGAGUUCAGAUUCUAGCACGAGACCUUUGCGAGUCUUUAGACUCCCUCGGUUCUAGAACUUCUGGCCAAGCUCAGCAGUUGGCGGCCGCGCUCGCCCAAGUGGAAGCCUACUGCGCUGACAUUGUGCGCCUGCGCACUCAGCUGCUGGAGGCCGAACAGCGGCUGAGGCAUGCCGCUCAGCCCAACUACAGCCCUCGAGAUCCAGACACGAAACUCAGGCACCAACAGGAAUUCACCCGGCGUAUCGAAGAGCUGACUCGGAGCAUCUUCGAGUUGGACCCGUUCUACGUGGUGGAAGACGACCCGGCGGCCACUCUAGCGAUGCUCGUGUCCACGGCUGACCGAGCGCGCGCUAAUCGCCGCCCACGCUCUCCCGAACGGCGAGAGGCCCGCAGUCCGCCCACGCCCGCCUGGCUGCUGCCUGGUACCACCUACGCCGAGAUAGUCAAGGGGCAAAACUCGCGCUCCAGCUCUAUUGACUCGAGACAGCAUAGCGCUCAGCGAGUCACGCACAGAAUGCAUACACCUGAAGCGAUGGAAGUCGAAGUCAAGGAACCGGUCAUUAGAGAGAUGACGAUUGGCAGCGCGAGUCCUGAAAUACAGCAAAGUGAUAGUGUAGUGAGAAAGUCCUCACCAAGUAUGAGUGAAACGUGGGAUUACAGUGAAAUCCCCCAGUGUCGCAAUAGUGAGAGUGAUAUAUUCAGUGAAAACGUCUCCUAUGAUUCAGUUUCAAAGACACAAAAUUACUUAUACGGCAGAAAUGAAGAUGUGGAUGCAGGAUCCGCCAUCCAACAAAAUCCAACGACAUCAGUAGAAAGUCAUUUGACUCAGAUUCUUACUUUACCACAAUUGCAAACUCCCGACGAUAGGGCUAGGUCAAUAAGUCCAGCGAAUAGAUAUAGAUCGCAAGAUCUAUCGUAUGCUGAAAUUUUAGCUCUUGGACUCAAAAGGCAACCAAAAACACAGGUUAUAAUGUCUUUACCUAAACCACAGGUAGCCCAAGUUGAAAUAGUAAAAGAAAUUAUCGUUGAAGUUGAGAGGGCUCCCCAACAACACGUUAUUGAUAAAAAAAAUAUGUCUAAAGAUACUACAAAAUACAGGUCUGAACGACCAGAUAGGCCAGAGCGACCUUCACAACGAAGCCGCUCUAGAGAUAUGCCUCGUCAAAGAAGAGGACCUGAAAAACGACCGACCAAAAAUCAUGAUACACAAAUAUUAAAAAAGAAAAAAAUAACUAAAAAAGUUAUAGAAGUGGAAGAAUUUGAAGAAACACCUGACGUUGUUUCUACAGGACCAAUAAAAACUGUUAUAAAUCCACCAUUGCCAGAAGCACGAGAAGAUGAUCUUAUAUUGAAGUCCCCAUUUAUAAUUACUGUAGAAACCAAAAAUGCUAGUGAUGUUGAUGAAUCGAAAUCAGAAUCUAUUGAACCUAUCAAUAAAAAACUAAAAAAGAAACCAAAAUCAAAACGUACUAAAGAUAGUGACGAUGAGAUUGAAAAAGCUCUAAAAGAAAUUGAGAGAAAUUCAUCCAAACAAAGAAAAAAGAAACAAAAAACUAUAAAUGAAAAACCAAAAAAAGAAAGCGACACUGCUAUAAUAACAUGCAACACAGAAUCUUUAGACGUGUCCGAGGAACUCGUAAAGCAAGAACCCACAAGUCAAGUGAUAAGCAUGGAUUCUAUAACUGAUCAACAAGAAAUAAAACCACAAGAUGUUGUAGAUGUUUCUAUUCAUAUAUCUAUUGAUUCUGCAUGUAAGGAAACAGAUGAUUCUUUUAUUAAAGGUAAAAUUACAAAUACUGAUGAAAAAUGUAAAAAAAGAAAGAAAAGUAAAAAGAAUAAAGUUUCAUCGGAAUUAAACACUCAAAAAUUAGAUGAUAUUGAACAAUCUAUUGAAAGUAACGUUGAAAGCAAAAGUCAGAUGAUUGAAUUCAAGGAAAAUGUACAAGUACUGCAAGAAAACACAAUAUAUACACUAAAAGAAAAUAGUACAUUAAAAGAAAAUUUAGUUACUCUGGAUUGGAAUGCUCUAAUGGAGGAAGAAGAAAAUGUUACAGAGUCUUCUAUUCCUCUCGAAGGAGAAAACUAUCAAAUGAAAGAUAUAUCGGCACAAGUUGCUACCGAAGUAAAUAUUAUACCAGAAAACAAUGAAAUUUAUGAUUCACAAAGUAUUUCACAAACAGACCUGUUCACAGAACCACUUAGUCAAAAUAUUGUUGAACAAUAUGAAGAUCUACUAAGCACAAACCAGGAACAAGAACCUGAGUUCUCUGAACCAAGUACUUCCACGUUGCCUAGUAUAAAUCAGGAAGCGUGUACAGUUGAUUUUAAUGUGGGUACAGAAAUAAUACAACCACCACACAUGAUGUAUCAAUUACAUAAAAAAGAAGGUCAACCAUCGUUAGAAAGUAAAGAAGAACUUGAAACAUAUUCAUCUAGUGACAUAAAACAUAUAAAAACAAUCAUUGACGAAUCUUCUGAUGAUAUUAAGCCAACUUCAAUUAUUUCAAAUAAAAGUGAGAAAAAUAACAACUAUAAGUUUAUACCAAUUGAUCCUUUAAAAGAGAUUAAUGAUGUGGUGGAAACCGAAACUUGUAAACCACACGACGUAGAUACUCAUACAAUUUAUCUAAUAACUCACGAAGAAAAGAAGCUACCACCUAUUAGAACUGUCAAAGUAUUUACAAGUAAGGACGUUCCUACCGAUGAUGUAAUUGAAAAUCCCAAUAACGAACCAUUGACUUCAAAUGUAACGGAAGAGAUUAUUGAAUCUGUGACCAGUAAUGAAGAAAUACAAUUCAGUGACGUGCAAACUACAUCCGAAAUAAAAUCAUUUAAUAUAGUAAAUUAUAAUGAAACUGUAAAUGAAAAUGCUGCUAAAACUAUAACUAAUGUCGCCACUGAAACUGAAAUUGACAAAACUGAAAUGUAUGCAUUAGAAGAAGUAAUAUUUGGAUCGGUUCAAGAUCGAAAUAAAUCCAAAGAAAAUACAGAAAUUCCCUACAAAGAGCUCAUCGACGAAGUCAAAACAUAUUCCAUAAAUUUGGACUAUCAGCAAUUAGACUAUAACUUUUAUGAGCUGAUUAAAGGCGAAAAAGAAAUUCAGUCCCAAAAUUAUAAUGAAAACGAAUUAGCUUCGAAGCCAGAAUUAUUACCUGUACUCGAUUUAACAUUAACUGAAUCCGAAUUUCAGGGUUCAAAUGAAAUAUCAGCAAUAUAUGAAAAGCCUAUCGAUGACUAUUUCAAAAUUACAGAUUCUGAAAAGCUAUUGGGCUGUAUUAAAAGUAUUGAUGAAAUAGAAAAUGUAAAAGUGGUUUCGCCUUUGUCAAAUGUAUAUCAUAUAGAUAAGAAACAAUUACCUGAAUGUAAAACGGUAAAAUCAUCUAAUUCGGAAGAUGAAAAUUUGCCAAACAAUUCAGAAAACACAAUCUUAUUAAAUGAGGUUGUAAUCAAUAUGAAAUCUGAAAUGCCACGGCAAAUUUACUAUGAACUUCGUGAUGCAGAGAAAAUGUUGGGGGUCAUGAAUUAUAAUAAAAAAUUGUAUAUUAUUGAUGUGAAUAAAGAUAACGAGAAAGAAGUCAUAAUUCAAGAAACAGACAUAAAAAACAACCCUAUACGACAAAAUAUUUCUGGUGUUGAGGAGAAUGCGGGCGAUGUAUGUAAAAAAUUAAAGUGUGAAUAUGAACAACUACCAUACAGUUAUCAAGAAAUUAAAAAGGCUGAAGAAGUUUUGGCAAUAAAGAAUUCAAGAGAAGCAAGUGUGGAACCUGCAAAUAUAAUAGAAAAUCCUCAAGGAAGUAAUAUGGCUUUACAAACGAAUAACAUUAGUAUUGAUCAAAACAAAGAGAAACUCAAAAAUUAUUCUUCACAUUUGAUUGAAGUUCCGUAUUAUUCGUACAUUGACAUUAGAGACGCAGAAAUUUUACUUGCGAGUAUAACCAAAACUGUCCCCCAGGAACCACUAAAAGAAACAUUGAAAAAUGAAAGUGAUUUGGAUAUUACUUACAUUAAAACUGAAGAAAGUUCUAUAAAUGAACCAUUAAAUGACUUAGAUGUCCAGAUACCCCUUAAAACAUUCGUGAAUAAUUCCUUAAUCAUGGAAAUACCACGAUUCAACUAUCAAGAAAUUCAAAACGCUGAAAUGAAAUAUGGCCAAACAUGUGUCCAAAAUACCAAAUUGUGUCAAAAUACUGAACCUGCUUUGUCAGUUUUUGAAUCUAGUUCUCCUAAUGUGAAUGACAUGAAAGGCGAAGUAUACCUGGAAGUAUCUAAGGCUGAUGCAUUGGAAGGAAGCAAUGAUAAUGAUGUAAUCACAAGGAAUUCAACUCUUUCAAAGGAGUUAUUAAAUAGUGAAACUGAAAAGUAUGUUGAGAAGAUUAUUACACAAGAGUGUAACGUGAACUCUAAUUUAAAUAAAAAAGAACUAGAAGAAAAUUCAGCUGACAUUGCAACAUGUACAUUAGAUAACAUUAGUCGGGAGGAUGAAAUACCCUCAGUAAAUAUUGUAUGUGAAAAAGUAGAAAAUAUCGAGCAGACAUCUGUCAUACAGCUAAACGAUGAAGUUAAUUUAGUUAACGAUGAGGAUGAUUUUGUUAUUGUUGAUAUGCUUAACGAUAUCUAUGAAAAUAUCGAUCAGGCGGUAAAAAAUGCAUCCGCAGAAGUAGACAGACAGGAAAACCAGACGUUACAUUUAAUUGAUUAUUCGAUACCACCUAUAAAGGAAACAAAUAAAAACGCUCAACAAAAUCCUACAAAUAUAUGUAAUAUAACUGACAAAGAAGAAACAGAAAUAAUCGGAGAAAUUUGCAACUUAGAUGUUUCAAACCAAUCUGUACCCACUGAAAAUAAAGCACCGUCAGAUACAGAGCCUGACUUUGAAAUAAUUACUACUCCAAUUUCUGAUAUUCAGGACCUUGAAAUUAUUGAGCCUCUACCUAUCUCGGCGGAUGAUCACUUAAUUAUUCACACAAUCCAAUCGACUGAUGCCCAUCAGCCUCAUUUCACUGAUACGCCCGGUCUCUUUGAUACGGUGAAAGAAAGUACGGAUUUAAAUAUAAUCAAUAUUGACAAAAACAAUUACGAAAUCGUUACAAAAGACAUAAAAGUUGACAAUCGGGUUGAAAAAUCACCCAUACAUAGCUUGCAUGAACUUUUGCCAGAGAUAGAUUCUAUUCCGGAGUUUAAACCUACAUAUCCUAAAACAUUCUUUUCUAACUUAUCCGCUGACGCGCCAGAGUUUACCCCAUCUUAUAUGUUCCAAAGUACCCCUACUGACACUGUUCCUAAUGCUUUGGAAAACCCAGAUUCUGACACUGAAGUGAAGCGCAAAGAAUUGGAUUCAAAAUCGUACUCUGCUGCUGCUGCUGCUGCUUUAAUCACAAUGGAAAGCAAAAACAAGGAAGACACAGUCCUACAUCACAAACUAGAAGAUAUAGGGAGGGUUUCACCAACCAUAAAUGCAGAAAAAAAUCCUGAUAGUGAUCUGUUUAAAAAUUUAGAAAUUAAAAACACGUCUAUUAUACCUCAAGCCAAUACAGAUACGGCAAAUGUAUGGGUUAAAAUGUUAGAUGACAGUAAAUCUUAUGCAGAAAUUGUGGCGGAAGGACUUGCAAUAAAUGAACAAAAGGCAGAAUGCCAAGAAACUUCAAACUUUGAAGAAUCCCCUUCCACAAGUUUUGUAGGAGAAAAAACGUUACAAGAUAUAACAACCGAAAAUACAAAAGUAGAGGUUGGUAGCUCAUGGGCUAAGAUAGCAGCUACAAAAUCGCCGUUAAUUGUUAAUAAAAAUACAUUUGAACAAACAAUGCCUGUUCCAGCUACUAUCCAUAAUAAAACACCAGUUAUUUUAGUUGAUGAAUCUGAUGUAGAUCAUUAUAAAAUACCAAAGGAAAUAGAUGCUGAUGGAUUUAUCACUGUUGAAAGAAGUAGACAUUCUCGAUCAAGAUCUAGGGAAGUUCAAUCGACCUCUGCUAUAAAUAGAGGUAUUUCGCACCGGGAUAAAUCAGAAAACAGAUUUGAUGCUCUUUUAGAUACGCUGAAAUCUGAAGAAGUGGAACAAUUCCAAAAAGCUAAUUCUGAAGACGAACAAGAAAAUAAACCAAAGCCAAGAAAAAGUCGGUCCCCCAAAUCAAGAGACAAGUCGGAAAUAUUAAAAUAUGAAGAAAAAUUACAGUCAACAAAGCUAAAAGAAGUCCUGCCUCAACAAGUGGAACAUAUUAAAUAUGAAUCAGAUGAUACAGAAAAUAAGAAAAAGUCUAAGAAGAAGAAGAAAAACAAAAAAUCGAACAUCAAAAUAACAGAUUCAUCCCAAGAUGCAAAGGCUACUGAAGAAAUCUUCCCUGAAACAUUAAGCGAAAAGAAACAGAUUAACAAAAGUGAUCUAUUAGAAACAAAUAUAUCUACACCGGAUUCUAUACAUACCCCUGUAAAAGAUCGUGUAUAUUCCGAUGCUCAGUAUUGGAAAGUCGAUGCAAGUGACUUAACUGAGUUAAGCAGUCUAUCUGAAACUAUAACAAUAGAGUUAAGUCCAGGACAAGAAUUACAAUUUGAAACAAGACCAUCAGUCCAAUCCGAAUCAUGCUUAAUUGAAUCAAAUGAAGAAGUAAACACACCCGAUCCACUUGACUCUUUGAAUUCAGACAAUAACACAAUACACACUAACCUAUCGGAAGAGCAAUCUCUUGAAAGCAAAAUGGCAGAUCUGCAAAGGGAAAUUGAGGAGAUGCUUUUGCCAGAAAAUGAUAAUUCAAUGACCAGUGAUGUCACGCCAAAAGAUUUAGCAGACACGAAUGAAUCUCUUGAUGAACAAGACGAAAUUACUGAGAAUAUGUCUCCUUCUCUGGCAUCACCAGAACCUGAUGAUUAUCAACAAAUUCCAGCUGACGAAGAUAUAAUGCAAGAGUCUAAAAUUGCUUUUAAAGAAGCGCUUCCAACUACUGUUACUACUACCGCAUUGGAAACAAAUAAGCAGAAUGAAGACAUAUUUAAGAAGCAAGAAGUGGCACUUAAAAUAGAGGAAGUAGCAGAACAUGAAUCCAUUGUUAAUUUAGAACACGAUAAAAACAGUACAAAAUCCUUAUCUACUAAUAGUGACUCUAUUACUAACAAUAAACUACAAAAUAACUUGAAAACGGAUAAUUUCUGGGUAGAAAAAUCAUUUAUUGAUGAUGCGGAAAAACUCAUGCUAACUUCACCUGUCAAUAAGCCGGAAACUAAUCUAGUUAAAAUAGAUACCAAACCGGAAAUUGUUAAAGUAGAAGAAAAUCUUAUCAACGACAGUUCAUUUUGGCCUGAAAAGUAUUUAUACCACGACGCCGAGUGUCACUAUUUCCUACAGAGGGAAAUAAAAACCAAAGUCAACGAUACUAAUAUCCAUAUUGAGGCUAACGACGAGAAUGAUAAAGAUCGCGAUCCCGGUAGUGGUUCCGGUCAUUCUUCUGAUUUGGAUGAGAAGGAUCCGCAUGGAUCGUGCGGGUCUCCUUCCGAUUCCAACUACAUAUCCAUGGACUUGCCCGGUGGAAUUUGUAGUUGGAAAGAUCAAACGUCAUAUCUCAGCAUUGAAACGCCCACGGAUUCCUUAUUGGAGUCUGUGAGUGAAAUAUCUCGCGUAGGUUUCGAUAUGUCAGAGGAUUCACUAACAACCCCUACCCUAGAACCAGUCGCCCUACCUGACCCCCUACAGGAGCCGUCGGCCGCAGUGGGAGCCCGGACUACCAAGGAUGAGUUAUCUUACGAUAUUGAAACAUUGCUCGAAGAGGUGAAGAUAGUUCAGGCUAAUUUAUCAGAUCUACCAAAUGAAAGUCUCGAGGCGAUGGAACAUGGGCUCGUGGAGGGCAUAUCAAUUCUAGUCAAGUGUGGAGAAGCAGCCGAUAUGUUAGAGCAAAACGUUAUGGAAUACCGUCAAGAGCCCGAAGCACAGAACCUGAUGAAGGAUCUCGUUGCCAUGAAAUCUAGGAUUGCUAAGUUGUUGAUUCAGGCCCGCCAAGGAUUGGCCACCAUCCAGGUAAGAAAGGAAGCGAAAAAAGAAAUUGAAAGACAAACACAGUACAUUGAAGAAAACAAAUCAAAAAUUUGUAAAUUAGAUCAUUGGCUCGAAACGAUUAAUACUGAGCUUAAAGAAUCUACACAACAAGGAGAUGUCCUUACUGAAGAUAAUAUUUUAAGAUAUAUUGAAAUAUAUGAACGUUACAUAAGAGAAUAUGAAGAAUAUGAAAUUAUAUUGAAGUCCAUUUCGAUUUCAACAUCUGAGGAUUCUAGUAAAAUUAGGGAAAAGGUUAUUUUAACUAAAAAAACAUUAGAAGAAACCAAACAUCUAGUCAUUAAUGAGAUAGAAAGGCUAAGAGAAAUAUUGAUACAAAUAAGAAGCGCACCAGAGGUGAUUGAGGAGGAUAUAUCUCAAACGGAUAGAACAAUUGAUUCGACAUCGAUGCCUGAAGAAAUUGUUUCACCUCGUGAUACUAAUGUGAUCAAAACGGAAAGGCAACGUUAUCUAGAGGAACCUUUUAUGCAUGAAAGUAAUAUCACACAAGUUUCAACAGAAGUAAAGGAACCAUUCGAAACUAAAGUAAAAAUAACAACUGAAACGAUAGAAACUCAAACUGGAAAGAGUUUAAUGUCCGACGAACCUUCUGUCACUGACAAGUCUGUAUUAUGUCAACCUGAUCCAAUAUCUACUCAUGAUGUGUCCAUAACCUGUGCACCACCGAAAGAAAUUGAAGUGCAGACAAGUGAACCCUCCUCGAAAGAAAAAGAAAUGUUAGAAAAUAUAGAAAUUAAGAAGACCAUCUCAGAUGGCCAUGAAACAAUUGAAAUUCAAAGUAAACCUAUUAUGCGUGACUUCAAGAGCGAUGAAAGAUCUCUUGUCGUAGGUGCCGACUACAAUGAUUCUGAUGUCGAUAAAAAUUCUACACUCAAUAUAACACACAGCUUGCCACAAUCAUUUGAAACUAUCAUGGUGGAACCUGACGAAACUACGACAGAAGUUGUCGUAGACGCAGACGGCACUAAACGAAUAAUUGUAAGGAAGGUACGAAAAACACUUGUUACUAGACAGCAAGUAGUACACUCUCAACAGCAGAAACAACAGUUGUUCUUAGAUGAGGAUAUACCACGUGAUCAAACCUUCAGUCAAAUAACUAUCGCAGGUGAUGCAGGUUCCACUUCUAGUAUCUUAGAAGGUGGAGUUACUCAAAAUAUACAAUAUAAAACAUAUAGUGGUGAAAUUCUUUCUAGUAUUCCUAGUGGAGAAGUUACUAUCCAAGAAUUUACUUCUAAACCUGAUAUAGUAAUUGCUUUAGAGAAAGGUAUGGGACCAGAAGAAAUCCUUCAAAUUGCGGAAGGUGAAAUAAAGCCACAUAUAGAAACGUCGUCCUCAAGUGUAACUGCUAUUGUUCAACAAGUUACCAAGAGGAUAGUUAAAACAAGGAGACGUAUAAUUAGAAAGGUAGUUAUAAUUGAUGGCAAAGAACAUAUUUCUGAAGAAGUCAUAGAAGAACCUGAAAAUGUAGAAAUUUCAGAAGAACAGAUUCCAAGAAUAUCAAUAAAUGUGAGAGACUUUGGUUCAGAUAGGCAAUUUACGGAAACGGACAAUAACGGGGAUGACGAUAGUAAAAAACCGGUCCAGAGGGAUAAUAUUAACAAAGAUUUUCCUAAAAAAAAUUGGCCUAAAACGCCUGAAACAACAGACAAGUCUGAUGGUACAGAACAAGAUAAAAAUUCUCAAAAAGAAGAUAAAGAGUUAAAGAGCGUUGUAGAAGAGUUUAUAAAAAAUGAGGGCAAAGUAGACCAUAAAGAUUUACCUGGUUUUAUUGACGUGGAUUCUAAAUUAGGUAACGCUGAAAUUGAGACUACCAUUAAAAAUGAAUCGGAGGAGCUUGACCCUCAAGAAUACAUAGGACUUAAAGAUUCCACAAUAGAAUCAUCGACGACGAAUGUUUCUUCCGUCAUUCAAAGGGUUACAAGAAAAAUAACAAGAACGAAAAAACGUAUUAUAAAGCAUAUAAAAAUAAUCGAUGGUCAGGAGCAUGUAACCGAAGAAGUUAUAGAAGAACCAGAAGAUAUUGAAGUAAUAGAAGAAGAACCAAAAAUAAGCCAUACGUUGCAAGAGCAAAACACUCGAACAAAACGCAUAAGAAUAAUAAAACAAGUACAAAUAAUUGAUGGCAAAGAACAUACCACUGAACAAGUUAUAGAAGAUUCGGGUGAUGAAUAUGAACCACCUGAAAUUGACGAUCGUAUUCACCCAUCAGAAACAGAUCAUUACGUUGUAACUCUACCUCCUGAAGAAAUCUGUAAUCAAAAUAAAGCUACAAGCAAUAACCUAAUAUCUGAUAUUUGUGGAACUACAGAAGAAGUAGUUGAGCCUGAUGAAGAAAAAGCAUUUGAAGCACUACUUCAAAAAUCUAAUAUUUUAGAAGAACUGCCUGUACAUUCACUUAAAUGUGAUAUCAAAGACAAAACUGAUCACACAGUCCAAGACUGUCAAAACCAACAGAUUCAACUGAAAUCAGAAACGGCAAAAACUACCGUGGAAUUGACUAAAUCGUUAAUUGACAGCGAGAUUAGUGAUUCAAAUAGGAGUAACACACUGGAAGAGGCUUUGAAAUUUUCAAGUGAGAAAGAUAAUGUAUAUAACAAUCCUAGUCAAAUUACUACAGAAAAUAUAAUUAGGAAAGAAUUCCUAGGUGACAAGAAAGACGAAAUCCACGAUAAUCCACAAGACGAAUCUUUAGACAAGCCCGACUUGGAUACAGAUAAAUCCCAAGCGAAUAAGAAACAAGUUAUUUCUGAGGAAACAAUUCUUCGAAGCAUGGAGGUAGGAAAGGAUGUGCAAUUACCUUCAGAAAGUGAUUCAAAUGAAGGGUACGUUACGCAGGAUCCCAUUGUCGACAUAACCAACCUAGGUGACAAUGCUAGUAUUGUGAGUCAAAAAUCAGUUAACUAUGGUGUACCAUCUGAUAAUACACAAGCACUAAUUGGUAUUUCCCGUACAAUAGUUAUAAAGCGUAUCCAAAUAAUUGAUGGCAAGGAACAUGUUACCGAAGAAGUUGUCAAAGAACCAGAAACGAAACAACUAGAAACAAUGGAAGAUAAUCAAUCCUUUACUCAAAUUUUACAGCAGCAAGGGUUAGAAACUAAUCGAAUAAAGAUAAUACGUCAAAUUAGAGUUAUUGACGGUAAAGAUCACAUUACUGAACAAGUUUUCGAUGAACCUGGCGGUACAUUUAUUCCAGACUCAACAAUUACUGCUGAAAUUGGUAUUUCUUUAACGAAACCAAACUCGCAAACAGUUAGUUAUAAAACGCCAUAUACAGGCGAUUUUGUAGAUAAAGCAAUAAAAGAUGCGCCGAGUUCGCUGAAUGUUAUUGAUGAAUCUAAUAAAUUCCUAGCUUAUGAAAAAUUACAUUCCGACAAAGAAAUAACCACAAAUAUUGAUAACCUUAAAAUAGAAGAUUCUGUUACAAGCAAUGCACCCGAAAACGCGGAGGAUAAGAAAGAUGAACCAUCUCAGGAUAUUGAGUCAAGUUUUAAAAAUAAAGAGAUAGAGUUACCCCGACCCGUUGAAAUAGAAAAACACCGUGCUGUUGAAAAAGUAAGCUUUUCAAAAGAAAAUAUAACACCGAGCCAAAUCCAAACUGAAAGCAAGGAAGAUUUUGUUGUAGAAACCGCUGUUGAAAAUAACUGUAUCAAAAAUGCUUCAAUUCGACAAAUGUCUGAAGUUCCUAACUUAGAAUCUGAGAAAAAUGCUGCAGGGCCUUCAGAUCAGAGCAUAACUGAAGACAGAGUACAAAAGAUUGAUCUGGAUUCUGAAAUAGAACCUUGCAUUGAUUCUACAAAAGAUGCAACACCUAAUAUGGAAGCAAUAAUAUCAGAUAAGAAUAUGGAAGGUUUUCCUGAAGUUUCUAACGUGACCAAUAAAUAUAAAUUAGAAUCACAAACACACAUCAAAGAUAAAGAUCCAACUGUGCUUGAACAGAAACUUUUCAUCGAUUCCAGAUCCAUCUGUGAUCAUCCUGUGAGUACAUCUCCAAGUGUGAUACACGAUGUUAAUACUUUUAUAGACGCAGAACGUCAGAGCUUUAGCCAAUGUUUGAACCUGGGAGGAGGUAACGACUUUAUUGAAAAACUUACACAAACAGAAGACAUACAGGAUGUACCAAAUAAGCCUUAUGAAAAAGUAGACAUCACAAUGAAAAUAAUCAAGUCAGACGAGCAAUCAGACUUAAAACCACAACUUGGAUUAGACAUGUCUGUUGAGAAAUUUGAUUCUACUCCGCAACUAGUAAAAAAAGAUAUUGAGAUUAAUCUUCCAGUUGAUGUAAAAAUUACCGAAGACGUAAAAGACAAAUCCAACGACUCAGAACUAAUUUCUGAAACAACACACGUUGAGUUUCUUAAACCAGAUAAAACGAGAAAAAGAAAGCACAAACAUAAGAAGAAUAGUGAAAGCGAUUCCGUAAGUACUGAAUCGCCAAUCAAAACACCUGAGAAAAGUUUGGACGAAACUGAUAGUUCCUCUUUAAGUCAUUACGUGGAAUUACCAGCUUCGACGCCUAUAGAAUCGCCAAAACCAACAAGAUCCGUACUCGAACAGCCCACUCUUUCAGACUCUUUCAUUGAUAGUGAAAAUGUGAAAUCAAUUGAUGAACAUGAUUAUGAGCCUGACGGUGAAUCGGCAGAACCAGCUUUAUCCGAAAAGAAAAAGAAACUUAGGAAACGUAAGUCCCACAAAAGUAGUGAAGAAACUUUGUAUCCUAUAGAAACACCACCAGAUGAGACGUCAAUAUUGUCUUCACGUGAAGAUAAAGUAAAAGAUAUUGUCGAGAAAACCGAAGUAAAAUCCCCAGACGUUUCAGAAGAAUCUGAGAAGAUACCACAUUCCUUUUCCGCUCAAGAAAUAACCACUACAUCGCCUAAAGAAGAGUCGUAUCACACAAUGAGUGAAACAUCUGACAUAAGUACUGUAAAAAUAAUUGAAGAAUGCAUUGCAAAGAGUCCAGAUUCAAUCAAGGACGAGAUAACAACUACAGUUACCUACCCUGUAUCAGUCGUAGAGGAAAUUCCUACUCAAGAUUACUCCAUCCAAACAUCACCAGAAUUAAGCGAACAAAAAUCUGAACCAGAUGUGGUUUGCCAACCGGAAACUGUUGACUCUAUACUUCAAACCUCGCCCACCCAUCUUACAGAUGUGGUUAUUCAGACUAUGCCCAAAGAUGACAAAGAAGUUCAUACUCAAACUAAUGAUAAUGUAGAAUGUAUUGAAAAAGUAGAGGCACUUGAUAGGUCUGUUCAAACAAGUAGAACAGAAAGCCCCGAACAAAGUGUUCUAUUAGAAGCUACGACCCAGGUAUUUGCCAGCGACAUAUCACUGCCCGAUCACAAAUCGUCUCAAACAACACCCUCAAUCGAGAAAGUACACGUACCAGAAAUGGUUUCAGACUCGAAAGAAAUACAAACUUCACCCAUCCUUAAAAUUGAGUACGAUGAGAAGGCUACAGAAAUAUCAAUUGAGACGAAGGAUUCAACAAUACAAACUGUGUUGCAAGAAAAUGUCGACCAAGAAACAAACACAACACCUGAAGAAGCGUUACAUCUUUCAGAUAUGAGUAUUCAAACUACAUCUAUUCCUAUGACGAGUUCAUUUACACAAUCCGAUCAAGAAGUUUCAAAGGACAUGGAAGUUCCCACUGUAUGUUUAGAAGAAAAAUCUACAUCAUAUGAUAAAGUCGACAUUACGGAGUCGUCGCAACAAACAUCACCAAGGAUUAUUUAUGAUGAAAAUAAUUUAGAAACUACAAAGGUUGCAAUAACUACUGUAGACUCGAUUCAACAAACCUCGCCACGCGAAGAACAAUUAAAUAAUGAUGACGUGAAAAAUGUAUGUCUAAAAAUUUUAACUGCCGAAUCAGAACAACAAACAACUCCAAGACAAGACGCUGAAAAGUGUCCUGAAAAAGAAAUCGAUAAAUCUAUAAUAACCGUAGAUAGUAUACAACAAACAUCACCUAGAAGCUACAUAGAUGAUUCUAUUUCAACAUCCACUGAUGAGCCGUACGAAGUGCAUUUAAGAGCACAAAUCUCAAUACCUCAAGCAACUAACGAUUUCUUAGACAGUGAACGUCAAACGGUAGAUUAUCCACAUACUAUUUUGGGCGAUAAGCAUAAACAGAAAAAAAGAAAGUCAAAAAGAAAAACAGAAUCACCUCUAAAGUCUCCUGAAAGUUUAUCGGACCCGAUUAAUGCAGAGUUAUCGUUGUCGGUGACACCUACGAGCGAUGAAUUUUCUAGCAAAGACAGUUAUUCCAUAGAUGAAGGUAUUUACCAAUAUCCUACUACUGAUUUGCCUACAAACAAGGAAACGGUAGUGACACACAGUAGGCCUACUUAUUCCGAUAUUGUGCAAAGAUCUAAAUCAAAAUCGCCGUCUCCUAGCAAAACUUUAGUAACACCUAAAUCUGAAAAAGCUGUAUUACUAAAUUGUCUUGAAAAACGUACUCAGACUACCUAUGACCCCCAAAGACUGUCGGAUAAUUGUAUGGCAGUGGCUUUAAUAGAACCCUCUGUAGAAAAAUCAUAUGAUUUUGUUGUAAGCACUAAGUUAAAGGAAGUUAAAAAUGCAAUUGAAGACAAAGAUCCUAAGAAAGUAGAGAAAACUGUCAUAGUUGUAAUUGAGACCAUAUCUAUUUGGCUGGAAGAAAUUCAAUACAAAAUACAUGCUGCUAUUUCAACGGGUAAAAAGGUACCUGAAGAAACUCAACGGAUUAAGGAUUUGGAACAAUAUGUACAACAUCUUAAGGAGAUCGUGUAUGUCACUGAAGUCCACGAAGAAAUUGUUACCUUAAUUGAAACUUUGACCCGUCAAAUGAACGCUGUUAGUCGGCUUAGUAACGAAAGCGUUUCAAAAGUAAAAGAUAGUGAACAGGAAUGGCGAAUAUUCUUUGAUGAAAUCGAUAAUUUAGCCCAUUCUGUCGACAAAAUGAAAACCAGAUUAGAAGAUCUGAUAACUUUGGAAGCUCCAUCGUCACAAAAACUCGAAGGACUCGAUAAAAUUGAAAAUGACAAUAGUGACAACUCUGGUCAUGUGAAAAGAUUGUUUAAAGUUUAUCGAAGUAUAGUUGAAAAUAAUUCAAAAAGGGAGUGUCCGUCUAAACUAUAUUUAUGUGACGAAGACACAAAACAAAUCGAAAAUGCUAUACACGUAGAACGCGAUCGCCUUUUACAAUUAACAUCAUUAGCUGAAGAAUACGAACAAACUCUUCAAGAUUUUGGACAAAUAACUGACGUUGCCGAGGCAUUACUUGACGGUAAAAUUAUCGUUUCAAACUUGGACCACCUUCACGAGGAAAUACAGAAACAUAGGAAAUUCUUUGUUAAUCUAAGCCACUGUCGGGCAAUACUAGAAUCUUUAGAGGAUAACUUAGAUAACGAGACCAGAUCUAAGUAUGCUUCAUUGCACCAUUCUCUUCACGAUAGAGCAACUGCUAUUAUAGACCGAGCUGCAGGCCGAGCUCAGCAAAUGACUUUGGCGGCUUCGAGAUGGAGUAUGUUAGACCAAGGCAUGAAGGAAGAACUGCAAUGGCUUCGGGUAGCCGAACAACGCAUUCCAGACCUUACUAAUGUUACAUCUAUGGACCACGAGCAAUACAUUAAUCUCUACCAAUCCCUUAGCCUCGAUGUUUCCCAUCAUUAUGCGAAAAUUUUACGGCUAUUAUCUGUAACGGAGGGUCUACAAAAUCUCAUCGUUUGUCCGGGACUAGAGUCUACGUGUUCUAUGGCUCUUGAAACGUUAUUGAAACAUCAAGAAAACAUCGACGUUUCUUUAGUGAGACUCACAGAUUUCAAAGAAAAUUGGUUUACAUAUGACCACUUUAUAAACAGAAUAGAAAGCUGGAUUAAACUAGCUAAUAGGGAAAUGGAACAUAUAACUCCAGAAAACAUAACGACCACCGGCAACCUACGACGAUUCUGGGAGUUAAAAGCUCAGCACGAAGUGCACAAUAAUUUGAAGACUGAAUGCGGAAUUCAAUUCGAAAAGGCAUUAGAAAUCCUACCAAUAUCAGAUGAAAUGGUUCAGCGUCAAUUUUUCUUGAAGAUCGAAGAUAAAUGGCGAGAUUUAUCAGCUAGAAUUGGCAAUCUGCACGCUUCCGCUGUUCAAAACAUAUCCGACCGAGGUGUGUCUUCAGGUGAGAAAUUGAAUUUACUCGAAGACGAGCUGAGAGAAUUACGAGGUUCACUUGAAGGUCUCAAAGGGGUAAUUAAAAGCGAAGACGAACUAAACCUAUACAUCGAGAGGCUGCAGGUUAUGACCAGCCGCAUCGAUCGGAUACAAAACGAACUUGGAAGAUUAAGUUUACUUCCGACCGCUGAAUCAGAUCGCCUGGGCGCCCUCUUAACACAGUCUGGCAUAUUAGACGACCAAAUCGCCGAAGAACUCGAAAGAAGUAUGUUGCUGAAAGAGAAGAUUGUUCAAGUGCAGGCUGGUAUUGCGCGGGUGCAAAAGGGUCAACGUCGUGCGCGCCUGACUCUGGAAGAAUGUGGAACGGCUGAACGCUUGGGUAGUGAUGUCGUUGAGAGAGCUUCACAAAAUUGUGAACGGCUCUUAGAAGACUUGGCGGCUCAAUGGAAGGAAAUUCUGGCGUUGAGACAGGCUCUGCAUACAUUACCCAUCAGUCUACGUAUUUGCGUGUCGCCCACCAGCAUCGAGAGAGACAUUUCUGCUUUACAGGAGACCCAUGCAGAGUUAGAAGCAGCGUGCAACGAUCUCUGCGUCCGUCUAAGAAGCAAGCUCCAACUUUGGAGGCGAUUCGAAAGACAGCUGGAAUCUGUCCAAGGUGCUGUAAGAGAAGCCGACUAUAUGGUUGAGCUGCUGACUGUACAAGGGCAAGUGGAUUAUGAUCGUCUGCUUAAAGCCACCGAGAGAUUGGAGACGCUAAGCGACUCCCUCUCGCGUCGUAGUGGGGAAUUGGUGGGUGAAUUACGCGAAACAGCCGCCCCAUUGGAGGCCAGUACAGAGCCAAGUGUCGCGGCCAAGUUGCGCCGACAAUUGGACGACGCAGCCACCGCCUAUGAGCACACUUGCGCUAAUCUUACACAGUUGUGUGACAAAUAUCACAAGGCAGUGGAUCUCUGGAGCAGAUAUAAAGAAGCAGCGGCUGCCGUGAGAGCUUUCGCCGAGUCCCAGGAAGGCAGGCUCCACGCCCUCAGACCUGAUGAUGCUCCGGCUACCGCUAAUGCAUGUCUAGAACAAGAAGCCCGCGUGGCAGAACUGCGGUCUCUCGCAGCCAGGGUGGCCGCAGAGACAGGUUCCCGCGCGUUACAGGCUGACGCAGAUGCAUUGGCCAGACGACUACAGCUCGUUGCCGGUGCUGUUCAGGCCCUGGCUGACCUGGGAGAGGCCAGACAAAUCGCCAGAGCGAAGGCCCAACACGCCAAAGAAAUGUUCUGUGAUAUGAGACAAGAUCUAACUCCAGUUCACGAGGAUGGUGAAAUCGUCGAAGAUAAACUAAUCGCGCUACGAGAUAACUUAAUCGCACUCGGAAAGAGUGAGGCGGAUAUUGCUCCCGCUAAAGCAGAGUUACCGGAGAUUGACCGCGAUGUAUCUGAGGAACAUUCUAUUGUUAGGAUUUUGGAGUUAUGGCAGGCGAUGUUUAGAGAUACUUUCCUGCAUUAUCACAGGCUUUCCACUGCGUUAGUAAGAUCUGGAGACGCUGCUACUGCAUUUAAACUAUGGCACGAAUACUUAUUGGAUCUACAAUCGUUCCUCUCUAGUACACUUCCCACCGAUUACGAAAAUCUAACUGAACAUCGUCGACUAUGCAGAGUUCACAGAAACUUGUUGGCGUCUCAAAGAUCUGUCUUAAUUAAUGAAAAUAGAGAUACGAACAAUCGUGACUUGGCCGAUAAAUUUGAUACGCUCACUAACCUUCACAAUGAAACUCUGGCAAGAAUUGUCGAAAGACACGAUGAAGUCAGUACACGAAUUUCCGCCUGGGAUGACUACAGGGAAAUCUACACCGAAUUACUGAAAUGGCUUAAAGAACUCGAAAGAGAGAAAGAAAAAUUACAACUAAGAUAUGUACAUAUAAAGAGAAUAAAUAAGACGCUAACACAGGUUCAGAAUCUCGCAGACAAACUUCCAGAAGGACGAAAGUUUGCCGAAAAACUUUCCAGUAACCUUAAGAAGGUUCUAGAAUUCACAGAAGAUACUUACGGUGCAUCUGUGAGGAUGGAGUAUGCGGGUAUCGUAAAGAGAGUUGAUAAUUUGCAAGCUAGCUUAGACACGUGGCGUGACUUCCUCACGAGGAUAUUAGGGCUCAUUGCGGAAUAUGAAACACUAACAACUGAUUUACAAAAACUUUAUUCACGAACUCAAAAUGACAUAAUGACCUACUCCGAUGAAGAACGUCUGUCGAGACCACAAAUCAAAAAAUCACUUGAAAAAUUUACAGACUUAAGAACGAAGAUCGACAAAACCGAAUUCCAGAUAGAAGCUCUAACUGUUAUUCAAGAACAAUUGAAAGAAUGUCUCAGUCCUCAGGACAUUAGAAUAGUUAACCAGAAAGUAUGGCAACUCCGCCAACAGCGUGCUGAUUUGGAACACCAGCUUUCUAUUAUCAUUCAUAAACUGCGGGAAAGGAUAGAAAUCUACACGAUAUUCGACUCCAGGCUACUACGGUUCUCUGAAUGGUUAAAAUCUGUUGAAACGAGACUCGAAUCUACGACCUCCAAUGAAGCUGGCGCAUUAGAUCCACAUGACCUGAUAAAGAGAAUUAAUUCAGACCUACAAGCUGAGACAGCUAUGAAGGAACGUGAGUUCGAAUGGCUAACUGAAACAGGCAUUACCUUAGUGGACUUGUCUAAGAAAGAUGAAAAGUCUUACAGCAAGAACACUUCCAAACAACUGAAGGAUAUUCAGGAACGUUGGCAUCACUUGCAAGAGUCGAGAAGAAGUAGAAUAGCAAAAAUCACUGAGCUUUUGGUGACCAUAUCACAACUUGAGGAGCGAUUGACGGAGAUUAGAACAAAGUUACACUCCAUUGAAUCUAAGCUUUCUACCUCAGUAAUCAUAGAAAAGUUGACAACCAAAGCAGUCGACUCCCAAUUCCAAAGCCGGGAUGAAAUUCACAAAGAUAUUGAAAACGAGAGCGAAGAAGUGGGUAAUACGCUGAACCUCUGUGAACUAGUUUUCAAUGACCCCGACGUGUUAAAAGGCAACUUUGAUCUGCGCAAUCUUCGCACAGGAGUGGAAAUCGUAGAUAAGAAAUGGAAAAACAUCUGUGAAAUGUCGGAGCAACGCAAGACUGCUCUCAAGGAAAUACGCAAAUCGGCCGAACUAGCGAACUCUUUAUUGCCCAAAGUCGAAAAGAAAUUGGACGCGAUAGAGAAGCGCGUAGAAAAGGUGGAAGCUAGAAAACAACGCGGAGAGAACGAAGACGAAAGUGUAUCGAAGGCUGUCAUCAAAGACUUGGACAGUUUAGAGAGUGAUAUCAAAAAGCUGGAGGACGCAUACGGCCGAAUUAUGUCUGCCAGAGGAAUAGAGCUUCGUGGAAAUGGCGCAGAUGAUGCGGCAAGACUACGAGCGGCCGUGAGACGGUGGCAGCAGCUGAGGGUCAGAGUGGAUGCGGCUGGAGCUGACGCCCAUAGGCAGUUCGUGGCUGCUCACGGCAAGGCCGUGGUCGCCUUGGCCGAAGCCGAUGUCAGACUGACGCGAGCCUUACACCUCUCGCCCACACCUACGGAUAAAGAAGCCAUCCUCAAGGAAUUGGAGGGUGUAGAAAGAGAUCUCGUAGAAUGCCAGUCGUACGUCGAGGCAGGCGACAGACUCGCGGCUUCAGUGCUGAGUGUCGCGGGAGUACCAGACAUGGUGGCCGAGUAUCGGGCCCUUUACUCCGACGUGCGCAUGCGCCUCGAUAUUGCGAGGGCUGAGGUCGUUGGAGAUGUCGAUACUGCAGUUCAGGUGGACACCCUCAGAUGGGAAACAGAUGCCGCUCUCCAAGUCGACACAUUAACUUCCAAAGAAACCUAUCGCGUUGAACUAGCCUCCGCCGUCAAAGAAGCCUCGGAGGCAUUAGAAGCUCUAAGAACAGCCCUGGUUCACGAAAUACCAGAAAACGCACCCAGCGAAGACUUGGCCAAUGCCGCCAAAGAGAUCGCCAAGGCUGGCACCAAACCCUCACAAACCUUGGAGUUGGCCAAACAUCUAUCGGAACUGCUCCUCACAGAGUGCGACGCGACGGAAGAUGAAGCUAUGCUGCAGGAAGUGGGAUCACUCGCAUUCCGAUACGAAGAUCUGCUCAACCAGGCCAAGAAACGAGAACUCCAAAUCAACAACUUAAGGUUGCCGCACUCCGCGUCCUACGCUCUCACUUGCGAGCAUGAAUCUGGUCGGCUGACGUGUCCCCUCUGCUCUGACCGGAACUGGAAGCAGUUGGAUAACGAUUUGUGGAGACUCGAGCAGUGGCUCCAGUUCGCUGAAGCCACGCAUGAAGCGAGACAUGAACCUCCAGAACAAUAUGACACCCUCGAAGAUACUAUACAGGACCACCGCGAAUUCCUGCUAGAUCUAGACUCCCACAAGGCCCUCGUGGUGUCCCUCAACGUGGUGGGCACGCACGUGGCUCGUCACGCGCGUGACGUGUCGGCGGCCGAACGCGUCCGCGAAAGACUCGCCGAAGCGAACCGGAGAUGGGACGAAGCAUGCGCAAGAGCAGCAGACUGGCAGACCAAGCUGCAGAGGGCGCUCAUGCACAAUCGGGAGUUCCAUGAUAUCGUGGUAGAAUUGGUCAGCCAACUCGCAAACGCAGAGCGCCUGGUCCGGUCCCGGGAGCCUUUGCGUUUGAGUCGGCCUCCAGACGAGCUGAGGGUGGAGUUCCGAAGGUUCAGCGAACUACGCGACGAACUGAGUCGAGCUGAACCCAGAGUCCUGGCUUUAAGGGAUGCAGCCCAACUCCUACACGGGAAUGAUGCACAGGAUGUGUGUAGGCGUUUGGGCGAGCUGCGCCUGCGCCUUCAAUCCCUCCGCAAGCUAUCAGCCGUAUACGCUCUGAAAUUGGGCGCAGCCUUGGCCAGGGAGCCAUCCGCUACCGGAUCCGCUCUCGCCGCUGCCGCCGCCACGCUUGCGCCGCAGCUGAUGCAGGAUGACGAAGAGCCCAGCUUCAGUUUGCCGCCUCUCACCGACAACGACGUUCCAGCGAGCGAUGAAACGGAAGAGCGCUCUCUGUCGGGCGUCCAGCGAGGCUUAAGAUUCGUGUGUCGUGUCGCACGCGCAUCUCUGCCUUUCCAGGCCCUUCUCCUCCUCCUCCUAGGGGCGGCCGCUCUGGCCCCUCACACCCAAACAGACUGUCGGGCCACGCCCAGUCUCCAGCCCGUGUUACGGUAUCCCGACGGCCCACCCCCCAUUUAA